AUCCCCGUGCCAUGAGCUCUGGGGAUCAGGGAUGCAAGGAAACCCCUGGAAAAGGUGAUGGGUUUUCUCUAAAAUGUGUGAUAUUCCAAAUUCAAUAGAAGGUUCUGUGGUCCAGUACACCAGCAGAUGCAGCACGCUGGUACAAGCUUCUUGGCCUUGGCCUGUCUCCUCACGUCAGGGAGCUGAUGGGGCAGGCACUGACUGCUCAUGGCUGUGCAGGGAGUUGGUUGCCUUGGCUGCUUAGUGGUGGAAAAUUAGCAAUAUGUGUCCCUGUAGAGCGGUUGUGUGCUGUGAGGAGGUGGUAGGAUUUCUCAGUGGUCACACUUACAAACUAAAUACAGCCUUGUCUACUGGCCAGAGCAUGGGAAGGCUUUAAGAACACAGAGUGGAUGCAUCAGCUGUUUCUCUUUUCUCCUGCAUGCAGGUAAAUUGUUAAGCUCCCCCCAGGCACUGUUUGUUUAAUAACUAAAACCAAAGCACCUCAUGUCACUCUGAAGAGUCAAUAUCUGAAGUUAUGGAUUAACCAGGUUCCAGCAGAGCUGAUGGUGGAAGAGCAGAUGACACUGAUUCACUCUGAGUAAAGCAGCGGCUGCGGGAUGUGGAAGCUCGUCGUAGGGGUGCUGCUGGCGGCCGGCUCGUCACUGGGCAGCGCCUCGGUAUUUUACAGCAGUAGGGAUGCAAACCAAGUCCUGAGAAUCCAGAAGCGGGCAAACUCUUUUCUGGAAGAGCUCAAAGCAGGCUCUGUGGAGCGAGAGUGCAUCCAGGAGACAUGUGACUUUGAGGAGGCCAGUGAGAUAUUUGAAACCAGGGAAGCAACACUAAAUUUUUGGAGCAAGUAUGUGGAUGGAGACCAGUGUGACCCACAGCCUUGUUCCAACGGGAUCUGCAAGGACAACAUUGGGAAAUUUUCCUGCAUCUGUAACAAAGGCUGGGAAGGGUUUUUGUGCAAUUAUGAGGUCAAAUACACCAACUGUUCUGUCAGUAAUGGAGGGUGUGAACACUUCUGCAGCGAUGACCCCUCCAAGCAGCAGCGCUCCUGCAGCUGUGCCUCGGGGUACCAGCUCAUGGAUGACCACACCACGUGCCAGCCCGUAGUGGAGUUCCCCUGUGGAAGGGUGAAAAUAGACUACAGCGAAUCUGAAGUGGGCUUCAAGAUCCGGCUCAUUGAGGGCAAAACAGGGAGAAGGGGAAUCAGCCCUUGGCAGAUUAUGCUGCAGAACACCAAAGGAAAAUUUCUGUGUGGAGGUGUCCUCAUCCAUCCAUCUUGGGUCCUAACAGCAGCACACUGCAUCGAGGCAGAACAAGGACUUAAAGUAAGACUUGGUAAAUUCCACCGUCUCCGCACUGAGGCAGACGAGCAAACCGUUUGGGUUGACAAAUGUGUGAGCCACGAAAACUACAGCAAGGAGAGCUCGGAUAAUGACAUAGCCAUGCUGCACCUGGCUGAGCCUGUCACAUACAACAAAUACGCCCUCCCCAUCUGCCUCCCCAGCCGCAGCCUGGCAGAGCAGCAGCUGACGACAAGCGGGAAGCAGAUGGUGGUCACUGGCUGGGGCAGCACCAGUGAUGUUCACACGAACUACUCGACUUUCCUCAGCUACAUUGAAAUCCCCAUGGUCCCCAGGAAUGAGUGUGCCCAGGUGAUGAACUUUGCCAUCUCUGACAACAUGCUGUGUGCUGGCAGCUUAGGAGACAGGAAGGAUUCCUGCAGUGGGGACAGCGGGGGCCCUAUGGUCACGAAAUACAGAGAUACUUGGUUUUUGGUAGGACUGGUGAGCUGGGGCGAAGGCUGUGGGAGAAAGGAGAAAUUUGGAGUGUACACCAAAGUGAGUCAGUACCUUGAGUGGAUCCAGCACCACAUAGAUGGGAUGGCAGCUGCUUGGAAGGGUCGGUUCUGAUCCAGAGGCUGCAAGGCUGUGGCUGUGUGCUGCUGACAGGGUGCACUGUGAUGGACUGUCACAGCUCCAGUAUUAAAUGUUGAGUACAUGGGCACCUUGUGUACUGUUUUCCUUGGUACCUGGCUUUUUUACUUCCUCCCCCCCCUGUUUUUCAUGGUUCAUGUUGCUUAGUUCCCAGGUUAUGUUGUUUGUUUGGAAUAUGGUCCCACUUAGGGCUCUCCAGGCAAGAAGUAAUCCUGUGUUGUGCCGAGGUGCUGCAGUGCACUGUGGAAAACAAGGUAGUCCAUGGUCAGACCACCCCAUGUUUGAGGUGUAAGAUGACUGAAUUA